CAACUCUCUCGCUACAUUUGCCCAUAACUACAACUCUCUCUCUCUCUCUCUCUCUUCUCUCUCUCUCUCUCACAUCAUUUCCUCCACUUUCCCUUGAAAGCUAAACCCUCCACAUAUAAUUUGUAUCCCAAACAAACUUGAACUCUCCCUUUCUCUCUACCUUAAGACCAACACACACACGCGCUCUCUCUCUCUCUCUCUGUGUCUCGUAGCAACAUGGAGGUUGAGUACCGAGAAGAUUACAUUAGAAAUUCGAGAGGUGUGCAACUCUUCACGUGUAGAUGGCUACCUCUUUCUUCUUCACCCAAGGCCCUUGUUUUCCUUUGCCAUGGUUAUGGCAUGGAGUGCAGUGAAUUCAUGAGAGGAGUAGGGAGUAGGUUGGCUGCUGCGGGGUACGGAGUGUUUGGGAUUGAUUAUGAGGGACACGGGAGAUCGAUGGGCGCCAGGUGCUACAUCAAAAAGUUCGAUAAUAUUGUCUCCGAUUGUGAUCGCUUCUUCAAAUCAAUAUGCGAACUUGAAGAGUACAGAGACAAGAGCCGUUUCCUUUAUGGAGAAUCAAUGGGGGGUGCAGUUUCUCUUCUCCUCCACAGGAAGGACCCCGCGUUUUGGGAUGGCGCAGUCCUCGUUGCCCCUAUGUGCAAGAUUUCAGAAAAGGUGAAGCCGCACCCGGUCGUGGUCAAUCUUCUGACUCGUGUGGAAGAGAUCAUACCAAAGUGGAAGAUUGUUCCCGCUAAAGAUGUUAUCGAUUCAGCCUUCAAAGACCCAAUUAAACGUGAAGAGAUUCGGAGCAACAAGUUGAUCUAUCAAGACAAGCCGAGGCUCAAGACCGCGCUAGAACUGCUUAGGACGAGCAUGAACCUCGAGGACAGCCUAGCUCAGGUGAAAAUGCCAUUCUUCGUGUUGCACGGAGAGGCGGACACGGUGACGGACCCCGAGGUGAGCCGCGCGCUUUACGAGAACGCCGGGAGCUCAGACAAGAAGAUGAAGCUGUAUCCAGGGAUGUGGCACGCGCUGAGUGAGCCUAUGGACGAUAAUAUACAGGGCUGUGUGUGCGCCGACAUCGUCGCCUGGCUGGACGACACGCACGGCGACGGGAUGGCGUGGCCGGGUAAAAGAGGGCCAGACUGA